AUGGCUGCUGUGGAAGAGACUUCGUCUUCCCCAAGUCUAGAAUCACUUCUUUCACUAUGGCCAAUUGCCUCUACGUUAAGCCAACAUCUUCCGGUAGGCGAUCUCAUUACUCUGGCUCGGCUGAAUGUUGCGCUGCGAUCUCUGCUUCACGGAUUUGAACCACUCGAGGAGGACACUUCGGUGCCACCAGAAGACUCUCGUUUCGUCCGGACCGGACUGAAUGUUGGCCAUCACGCGACGCCCUACUGGCAGCGCCUCAAAAACCAGUCGCCUUUUGAAUGCUCUUCCCGCAUCCACACCAAGGGGCCCCAACCGAAGCCUUGUCGGUACUGCUCGAGACCCAUCUGCGAUGCCUGUAUCGUCCGCUCCUCUUUCGCCCGAGGCCAUGAGAACACAUUCCAAAACCGAGUGCGCUAUCUUUGCAAGAACUGCUGGGACUCGGGGAAUCCAAGCAGAACGCAACGUUUCCCGCUUGCUGGGCCCUCAGAGUCGACGUCAAAAAGGAAAUGGUACGAUCCCGAUGGUAGCACGAGAGACUACUGCGCCUGCACUCUCAAGGACGAUGGGUGGCUCUGUCUGGAGUGUAAAGACUCGCAAAACUGGGAUGCCAUAUCCUGUGCCGACAGAGAGUGCCACGGUCAAGAUUGUAAAGAAUCCUUGGACGCAGAUGAUAAAGAUCGAAGAAGAAUCUGCCUCUGGUGCAACAAAGGCCUGCCCAGGCAAAUCGGAGGCACGACUCGAUACUACUGGAAUCAGAAGAUGAUUGAGGCAAGGGCCCGAAACGCUGCGUCCCGCCAGGCAGACUUGGAGGAGUACAACAGGAGACGACUGAAACUAAUGAGAAUGUCGCGCCGAGAAAUGCGAGGCGACGAGUCCGUCAAGGGCGAUCCAGACGCAGACCUCCCACAAUUCGUCAGGCAUCUUGACACCAUCAACUAUCGAAGCUACAUGUCCGAGUCUGAGGCGCCGAGUGGCGAUGCCGUGUACGGUUCCAAGAGAGGCUACUGGAGGUACACCAGGGAGUUUCUGCUAAGGAUGAGAGGACGCUGUGGGCAAGUUUCUCCACCCAAGCCACUGAAUGUUCCCGAGAAUAAUAUCGAGGGUGGACGCUUGCGCUUCGCUCGGACCAAUGCAGAGAAGGCAGAGGACUUCUCGUCCCUUGUACAGGCGCUCCCUCGCAUUCCAGACAAGCGCCUGGCAAAAUGGUGCACUUUUAAAGCAGUCAUUCUUGAGUAUCUCCUUGUGGACAGACUUAGCUAUCAAGCGGCGCAACAGAACAUGCAUGAUGACUAUGGGUUUAACGCCAGCAUCGAAGAAUAUCACAAAGUCAUGCGCAUCUGGAAUACCCAGGACGCAAUCAGGAAGCACCGAAGGAAAUCACUCGAUCAAGAAGUUGCAGAAGCCAUUAAAAGCAAAAAUUACUCCCUCGCCAAGCAGCCGCGCAAGGUUAUCGACAGGGAAGCCGUCUGGCUCGAUGGAGACGGUGGCGACUUGGGCUCUCAGAGUUCGUCAGAAUCAUCUGACAUAGAUCCGGGCGACUAUGAGUUCACGAGUUGGCGACGAAGCAGCGCCAACCAAGAACAACACACUAACCAAGAUGAUGAAGGCGAGUCCGCCCUGAGGAGGGAGAUGAAGCAAGACCGAGAAUCAUCGUCAGCGCAAGCGCUUGCCCAGCCAUCAUCGUCACAGCCAUUGUCAAGUUCCGAAUCAGCUCCUGAGCCAUCAAACAGUGACGACGGCGGCGGCGGCGUCGAUGACAACACGACCGUCUCUGCUCUACUUCCUCGCUCCGCGGAAGCGGCGUCAGCCGAUGAAACGCCUCUUGACCCAUCAUUCGAUGGCGUGGUUGACUCGCUGCCACACCGCGAGCAAGACAAUGAGGACAAUCCGCCGCCAUACACGGCUAAUGGUUGGGUGUGGCCCGGAGAAGAAGGCCAGAACUUAUACUGA